ACUAGCCAAGAAGCGGAAGGAGACAAUGAGCAGCACGAGGCAGGAGAUGACCGUGAUGGUGAACUCAAUGGACAAGAGCUAUGCGGAGCAAGGCACCAACUGUGACGAGGCGUUCUCAUUCAUGGACACACACAAUCUGAACGGGAGAUCUGUGUCUUCACCCUCGUCCUUUACAAUGAAAACGAAUACACUGAGCACAUCGGUGCCCAAUUCUUACUACCCAGACCCAUUUGUGCCAACUGCAAUUUUAGGAGCACAACACAAUCGACUUCAAGUGCCAAUAAAUGACGAAAGCCACACGAUGGCCAGCGACACCAGCAGCUUGGUGCAGUCGCACACUUACAAGAAGCGAGAGCCGGCCGACGUGCCCUACCAGACCGGGCAGCUUCACCCCGCCAUCCGGGUGGCCGACCUGCUCCAGCACAUCACGCAGAUGAAGUGUGCCGAGGGCUACGGCUUCAAGGAGGAAUACGAGAGCUUCUUUGAAGGGCAGUCCGCACCAUGGGACUCUGCUAAGAAAGAUGAAAACAGAAUGAAGAACAGAUAUGGGAAUAUCAUUGCAUAUGAUCAUUCGCGGGUGAGGCUGCAGACCAUAGAAGGAGAUACCAACUCAGACUACAUCAAUGGAAAUUAUAUCGAUGGUUAUCAUCGACCCAAUCAUUAUAUUGCUACCCAAGCUAAUGUGUCGAUGACCCAGUAUUCAUUUCAUCACACCUGCCUGACCAGCCGCUAAUACAAUUGUAACAUUCAGGAUUUAUGAUUUGGCACACCAGGAAUCAGAGAAGAGGAAGUCAUGUCUGUUACUGCAUGUCUGUACUCAGAGUGGGGAUUUCAAAAGCAGGGCUCACGGUGAGGGGCAGAUGAGUACGCAGGUGGGUAGGAUUGCCCAGAACCGAUCAUAUUUCACAAUCAAAAGAUACCCCAUGGAGACCCCAGUGUGGGCCACGAGCUGGAGGAAGCUGCACACAUUUGGAAUCACUCCUCCAAGAUGAUUCAGGAGAACACCUGCCGGCCAUGUGGUUUGCAAAUGA